AUGUAUAGCAAAUUCGUGAAAACUAACGACUUCGAAGUAGUAAACAUCAAAGCAAAAACAAUGUACAGCAAGGAAAUGUUGAUCCGACUGAAGGAACAGCCAAUAUGUUGGAAGGAACCCGCGUCUAUCGAGAAACUCGUCGAGUUCCGUAUACUCCGACCGAUGGCGUACGGAAGAGCUCCAACAAGGGAAUUUGUGCCACGUACGUUCGACUCGAGGUCAAGAGUGGAAACGGCAAGACGGAGAGUCGUUCAUUAUCAAAUACCGAAAGGAGACGCGAGCGAUCUUAAAACAUGCAGUAACCCAUGGACUCCAUCGUGUCUGAAAGGCAAACGAGCACACUGUCAGACGUCCAACUAUGAUGAAGCACAAACAGAAGAGAUCGAGAAAAAAUUUCGAUCUAUUCUGAACAAAAUCACUCCUGAAAACAUGGUUCCAUUGACGAAUAGCAUUUUAUCGUUGUCAAUUAAUACUGAUCAUCGCCUGAAGAAAGUUAUUGAUAUUUUAUUUCAAAAGGCUAUAAACGAGCCACAUUUCACUCCUCAGUAUGCGUAUAUCUGCAUGGAAAUGAACAACAAAGAUAUCAAUGCAAAAGUGAAGACAACCACUUCAUCAUUCAAAACAUUAAUAAUAUUGUGCUGCGAAGAUAGAUUUAAUUCCAUGCACGUCCACGAACAGGAAUUGACCAAAAGUCUUAAAGAAAUAAAAGAUUGCAAAGAUCAAGACGACAAGGAAAAAAUGCAAUCGAAGUACGACCGAGACGAAAAGAUUCACAGAGAGAGAUCGGUGGGAAAUUGCAGAUUCAUGUGUGAACUUUAUAAAGUAAAAAUAUUGUCGAACCAAACGUUAGAGAUGUGUAUAAAACACCUUUUAAUGUCCCCGAAAGAAGAAACACUGGAAUGCGCGUGUAACAUACUAAAACAAAUCGGGAAAACGUUAAACCAUAAAGUCACGUUUGAAGUACUAAACGAGUACAUGUCGUUGGCGUACAAAACAAAGAUACCAACGAGAAUACGGUUUAUGAUAUUAGACACGAUAGAAUUAAAGGACAACAAUUGGAUACCUCGGAAACAUAGAACCGUACAGAAAUCCUGUGACACGAAAACACCUGAAAACAACCAUUCCGAAACUGUGAAAUACACAUCCAUGCUAUCAAUGAACUAUGGGCCUCCUAAAAAUGAUGGACAUAUAGACACAAGUGAUUCCAGUCGUCCUCUAUUGUCAACGAGAACAAGCGAUGUAGUAGCACAUGAAGUCUCUCCGAUGUCCUCAUGUUUUAAAACAGAGACAAAAACUACUAACGUCCAAUCAUCGAAUAAUAAGGACGCUACUAUAGGAGUUGAGAAAAUAUUUCUAUCUAUCCUCAACAAAAUAACCACUGAGAAUAUUGCUCUAUUGACGGAGAGUAUUAUUUCGCUACCAGUGAAUACAGAUGUUUGUCUAAAAAAAGUUGUGGAAAUGUUGUUCCAAAAGGCCAUAGACGAACCGAUAUUCUGCCCCCAAUAUGCACAUAUCUGUUUGUUAAUGAAAAACAUAGAAGUUGAUUCGAAAGAGCAAGAAUGUGGCACCACAACGUUUAGAAAAGUUUUGGUUAGAAUGUGUCAAAAUGCGUUCGAAUCGAUCAUUGCCCAGAGUCGAAUGAUGAUUAAACACAGCAUUGAAAAAAGGAAGAAACGAACCCAAGAAAAAAUUGACCAAAACGAUGUUGUUUAUAGAAAACGUUCCAUUGGUUACUGCAGGUUCAUGUGCGAACUAUUGAAAGUUGAGAUAUUAAUACCUCAAAUACUAGAUGUAUGCGUGGCGAAACUAGUGAAAAGUCCAAAAGAAAUACCACUCGAAUGCUUGUGUAUUAUAUUGAAACACGUUGGAAAGGAAAUAGACCAUUACAGUGUGUUCGAAAAGCUUUACGAGUACUCGUCCGAGUGCAAGUCGAAAUUGUCGGCAAGGAUACGAUGUAUGAUCCUAGACACUAUAGAUCUGAAGAAUAACAGCUGGGUGCAACGUCAUCACAUCGAAGAGACAACAUUAUUACACGAAAAAAGAGAAUAG